AUGAGAAUUUGCGAGGCGCAAAUAGGCGUGGACACCAUGUACCUAAACCAUAAUAACUUUUUAAAUUCCGACCAAAAGAACGAUGAAUAUAUCCCCUUGGAUUUUGUCAACGUGGACGGAAAGAAUGGUGACCACAGUGUUGUCACCCAACAGAAUCAGCUGAAGCGCAAACGUGACAAUAAUCGUGCCAGUACGUACGACUUGAAUCAUUCCUCGGUGAAGCAUAUCAUAAAAGAUGGCGCUUUAACGCCUUGGAAAAACAAGGAUAGACAUUACGAACCGGAUCUUAUAGGGUUACAUGAUGAAAUCAUAGACUUUUAUACAUACAUGUCUCCCCGUCCAGAAGAAAAAUGUAUGAGAGAGGGUGUAGUGGAAAGAAUACGGCGAGUUGUAAAACAAUUAUGGCCUGAUGCACAGGUUGAAAUCUUUGGUAGUUUCCGCACUGGUUUGUAUCUACCAACCAGUGAUAUAGACCUGGUUGUGUUGGGAACUUGGGAUCCUCCCCCGCUAUGGAAGUUGAAAGAUGCUCUUGUGGAGAAUAAUAUUGCCAAGGAGGAGUAUAUCAAAGUUCUGGACAAAGCAUCCGUCCCUAUUGUAAAGUUGACUGACAAUGAGACUGAUGUCAAAGUUGAUAUCAGCUUCAACAUGCGUAACGGGGUAAAAAGUGCCAAGCUUAUCAAGUCCUUUAUGGAAGAAUUUCCACACUUGAAAUUUUUGGUAUUGGUACUCAAACAGUUCCUCUUACAGCGAGAUCUCAAUGAAGUAUUUACUGGUGGAAUCAGUUCAUACUGCCUUAUUCUUCUCACGGUUAGCUUUUUGCAGCUUCAUCCUAGCUUAAAUCCAAAAUCUCACCAUUCAAAUAAUCUGGGAGUGCUAUUGAUUGAAUUCUUCGAACUGUAUGGUCGUAACUUUAAUUAUUUAAAAACUGGAAUCCGAAUUAAGGACGGUGGGUCAUAUGUCCCCAAGGAAGAAAUCCAGAAAGGAAUGGAAAAUGGUUACCGUCCAUCUUUGUUGUGCAUUGAAGACCCAUUGACGCCAGGAAAUGACAUUGGCCGCAGUUCCUAUGGUGCUAUGCAGGUUAAACAAGCCUUUGAAUCUGCUCUCCUUAUGUUAGAGCAUACAGUGUCUCAAUAUUCUUACCUUUUGCAAGGUAAUCAAAGUAUUCUUGGCCGGAUCAUAAAGGUGACGAAUGAAGUUGUGGAGUAUCGAAAGUGGAUCAAAGAAAAUUAUGCCAAACCUUCAAUUCCACUUCAUGUUGUGAAUCACCAGGAGAACAAGCAAGAUCGUCCAACAGAAGUCUUAGGUCAAUCCCAGUGUGAAAAUAGAACAUCAAAUGUAUGUAAUGCAGGUUCUGUGUCCAAUCGGUGUAGUAUUAUCCAAACUGGUGAAAGCGAAGCUUCUGAUUCUAGUGGUUCCAUUUACUGCAAAUCAUCAUCCAGCUCACACUGUGGUAGUUCUAGCUGCAGUAUUGCUAGUGAUGAGGACUCUGAUUGCAGUGCUGAGGGAGUUGGAGGAGGCAAUAAAGUCCACCAUUUUGGUAGUGGCGGCAGCAGCAGCAGCAGUAGUAGCAGCAGCAGCAGUGGCAAGUCUCACACAACAUCAUCAGCAACACGGAGUCGAGAUCAGAAUGUUGCCCCUGGAACAGGGUCCAAGGCACGAGACACUAGCACAAGCAGUGUCUCCUCAACACGGUCCUUGCCAACCACAAUGUCAGCAGUCCCGACCACAAUGGGAACUUACCCUAUUAUAAACAACAUUAAAACAAUGUCCUCCUCAAACACCUUGAACUCUCAUCACCUCUAUCCUGGCAAUCAUUACCUUGACAUGAAUGGACACACCUCGAAAAAUCCUCUCGUCCGUCAAACAUCUUACCGAAUGACCCAACCUCCUCAUACGACGCCACAAGGAAGCAAAGUUUAUCGUUCUAAUAACACAAAACGAAGGAAAAACACUAUAAAAAGAGACGGUGUUCAAACUGCUGGCAAUGGGGGGAAUAGAUGA